GGUUGUUAUCACUUCAUCGUUCGUGAUUCGUGAAUCGUGAUGUCAAAAUAAAUAUUACCUUUGGAUUGUUGUUUGUUGUUGAAUUUCUAAAUUUUCUUUGAAAACCUGUUUUAAAACUCACUAGAACCGAUAAAUCGCUGUAAUAGUAGUAGUAAAUAAGAAAAUGAAUUUUACUGCAUCCAUUACAGAUUCACAUAUCUAAUGGAGAAACAGCAAAUAUAACCUAACCUGCACAAAUCUUGUUUUUGAUUAUUAUAAGACUGAUAUUAACUAUAUUUUAAUUAUAAAAUGGGUGUCACGAUUUUACAGCAUUAUCCAGUCCCUGAGAAUAAAACGGGAACUUAUGUGAUUGAUUUGCUCACUAAGCGUUUACUGGCACUAGGGGCCACCCAACAGGGACAAUUUCUAGUUGAUUGUGAGAGCUACCUCUCGCUUCCUCAAAUGGGUCCAACCAAAACAGUGCACGUCUUACACAACUCGGAACAACCUGCAUCAGUUUUCUCAAUACUAGAGAGUGGUUCAAAGAACAUCCAUGUGGUAGCAGACAGUUUGUUUGACCUGCUGAUGAUGAAGCUAAGCAACAUUUACACAUCCAAGAAGCAGACUAAGAUGGAGAGUAAGGGAACCAGACUGGAGCUGGGAGACUUCUGUGUGAAGCUUGGCUCUGUUACAAUGAACCAGAGUUUUAAGGGAGUGCUGGUUGAGGUUGAGUAUCGACCUUGUGUUAUGGCGAAUGCAGUAUGGGGUCUUCUCCGUGAAUUCCUUCAGGGUUUGUUAGGACCCUCUGUGCCCGUACAGCCUCCGCAGCACUUCCUGAGCAGAAUGAAUGAGGUUGAAUAUCGACCUUGCGUAAUGGCGAACGCAGUGGGGGGUCUCCUGCGGGAAUUCCUCCAGGGUCUGCUGGGGCCCUCGGUGCCUGUACAACCUCCGCAGCACUUCCUGGGUAUAAUGAACGAGAUCUACACGCCCGUUGACACCAUAUACCAAUACCUAGAACACUUCAGUGCUUUUAGGAAAACAACAGGACUUAGAAGUGCGGUUUAAGUGCGUUUGUUUCUUAUUCAUAAGUUGUUUUUUUUGGGAAUAUUGUGAAAAAUCUUAAGAGAUUAUUCAUAACCUAGAUACGACAGCAACUUUUGCAAGUAAGGUAUAGUUCGAUUCAAACAUGUCGUCGCGGAAGUUAGGUUCGCGCAGGCAGACAACAUCACCGUCGCGUCUCGCUGACUGGCUGAUACCGAAUAUUGAAUUCUGCGCAUCGAAACGUACGAAGUACGGGAAGUCGUAAAGUUUGAUUCAAACUAUAUUUAGUUGAUAAGGUUAGCUGGUUCCCGAAGCAUGUUUAAGCUUUGGUCCCGAUAAAUCUGGAUCAUUAUCUGAUACGUUAAUUUUAUGUUAUAUUAGGUUAAUUACCUUUUUCUUUUGAAGUUAUACUUCUUUUGGCGCGUUAGGGAAAAAUGAUGAAAGUAAAUUUUUACGAUGCGCGCGCACACCUUCAUAAAAAACCGACACCCUGAAGGUAGCUAUAAGGUGCAAUGUCUACGGGCUCAUACCGGUGAUUUAAUUGAUUCAAUUGUAGAAAAAUGGCAAAUUUUACGUUGACUGAAACUUGGUUGUCCGAUAAUGAAUCUUUUAGCUUUCUAGAUUUAAUUAUGUUUAAUAUGU